AUGGCUGUAAUGGUGAGGUGUUACCUGCUCUGUUUAUUAACUCUUGCACUAUGUUGUGCUUGUGGGUUAGUAUGGGCUGAUAGUCCUAAAGCUUCUGAUGCCCUAAUUAAACCUUCUACUGUUGGUGUUCCCCCUCUUGUUCGUCGUUCUAUUCCUUCUUCUGGAGUUCCUGGCGAGGCUAAAGAAGGUGAUGAUAUGCAGGAUGUGCAGAAGGAAGAAUUGAUGGAAAACCCUGAAGAACAGGAGGAUGAAGUGGAAGAGAAUGUUCGUGAGACUCUUGGUCCUGGUGCUGGUGGUUCUUGUCCUUCUGGUUCUGAUAGUAGUAAUUGUCCUUCUGGUCAUUUUUUUGGUGGUCAUAGUUCUUCUUCUGAUUCUCUCUCUGAAAAUGGGGUUCGGGGUGCUGGCACUGCUCCUAUUGUUCAACCCCAACAACCUCCUUCACCUCCUACACUUCCUCUUCAGCAAUCUGCGCCUGGUGCCACUUGCACUCCGACUUCUCCUGAUCAUCCUUGUACAACUGCAACAAAGGAACUGACUCCAACUAAACCAGUAAUACCUACUCCUGAAGAGGCUGGACAUGGUGCUCUUGUCGAUGUUCCUUCUAAUAAAGAUGGUCAUCGUGCUGCUGAUAGGACUGGUGCUCACGUUACAUUAGGUGAUGCUGCUCCUGGGAUUGGUUCUGGUUCUGGUACUGAUGAUACCUCUUCUUCUUCUAAUCAUUCUACUGCAUCUCCUCCACCUGCUGCUUCUGCUCCUGCUAGUGAUCCUCAACCUGGAAACAGCGACAACCAUGCAUCCACUGCAGCAGAUAACCAGGGAAGUGCGGGAACACAACCUUCUUCUUCUAUCACCAGCAGUUCAGAAACAGUGAGUUCCGGUAGUUCUGAAGGCACUACAGCUGGGAAUGGCACUACAUCUGCAGUGAGUGGUUCAACAAGUACCCAAGAGAGAAAUGUGGGAAAUACAGAUACGACCAACACCACCACCACCACCACAACAACAACAACAACACUUCCUCCUGAACUCACAAACAACAAGAAGGGAGAUGCCGACAGCAGCAGCAGUAUCAGCAGUUCUGUGUGGGUGCGUGUAUCACUACUGAUUGUGGUUACACUGGCCUGUAUUCUUGUGUGCUGA